AUGAAAACCACCGUGAAAGCUAUCGAGGGUUAUCCAUGUGUAUUCAAAAGUGAUGACCUUGGGCUAAUCGAUGAUCCACAUGGAGCUCUUUCGCUUCUUCAUCUGUCUCCAUAUUGCAAAAGCUCCGUUGUGGUUUCACUUAGCGAUAGUCCAUCAAUGAUAAGCCGCUUCCGCUUCCGUGUGGUAGAUAUUCAGCCGGACAAAGGCCCGAAACUUGAGAAGUGGAUGAAAGAAAAUACGGUAUGUAUUCAUUCGGCUAAAGCUGCUGCAUCUUUGAUAGUAUUUGAUUCCUUUUCAUAUUUCUGUACAUUUUUUUCUUCUACCGUGUCCUCCUCAGUGAUUUUUAUUUUCGCUAUCGAAGCAUAUCACUCUAAAAUCAGAUAAGU